CACAAGAUCUCAAUUACCAUGGGAUACCAACAAGUCGCCGUAGUGGUGGUAGCCGCACUGUGCUCCGUCUCCGCCCAAUCUCCCCCUGAAAUCGGCGUGCUCUGCUUGGGGCAGAUCUGCAGUGCCCGUUGCAUCCUCUUCUCCCAAGAUGGAGGUGCGUGCAACCCGAGAACCAAAAAGUGCGAAUGUUCGCAAGUCAAAAUUGAAAGUCCUGCCGGCACGAUCGUCGACAAUGCGGGCGAGGUGGUUCAAAAUGGUGCCGAUAGCUUCCGCAACAGCUUCCAGAACCUAGUCAAAUCCUUCACCGACGGCGAGAUCUCCCAAAACAUUCAGAGCGCACUCUCCGUGUCUUGCGAGAUUGACGAUGAUGACUCCACUUGUGUCAGAGAAUGUCACUUGCGAAACUUCAAGAGUGGAACGUGCAACGCUGACGAUAGCCGUUGUCUCUGCUCCGAGGACCGCAUCACGGCCUUCGAGUACGGCAUGUGCUCCUCUUUGGGGGUAUGCAACGCCUAUUGUCAGGGCAAGGCUUACGUCCGGGGUGAAUGCUCAGGAUUCGGCGGGUGGACAUGCCAAUGCAUCGGCAAGGAUGUCAACGGCGCAGAAGUCUUCUUUGAGGCUCCCGAGUUGGAUGAAGCCGGCAACCCCUUGGCCGUUGAGGAGUCUUCCGUCACCGAGGAAAAAGAUCUUAGCCCAGACAACCAAAGCCAUUCCGAUACUGAACACACGCAAAGUGAUGCCGUUCCUCAAGUCGAUGAAGAGUACGAGGAAGAAGAUGUGCAAUGAGAACUUCCCCUCCCGCGUAUUGACUUUUUAAAUUCACUUGAUUGUCCGUCGUGUUUGGGCAACCCGAAACAGCGCUUACCCAGAUUUGCAUGAUCAUUAUUGUCAGCUAUAUAUGAAUACUACCUUGAAUUAUAUGAUAAUGUUAAUAACA